AUGCCUGUCUCAUGUAGGGGGGCUCUGCUCAUGCUUCUAGCCAGUCUUGGAGGUCUGAUCUGGGGGGAGGUGGGUGACUUCACCCCUUGCCUCUGUUUCUUCUACAUGGAGACUCCCCCAAAAGGCAUGGGGGGAGAGGGGUACCAGCCAAUCUGCCAGCGCUACAGGAACCAGUACCACUUUGCCAGCCUGUACCAGCGCCAGCGCCGUGCCACCCUCUACUCUGCCUACAUACUUACCCCUGGAGGAGGCAAACGGCCCAGGAACAAGUGGAUGUAUGAACCACAGGUGAGGAGUAUGUCUCUGUGUGUAACGUAACUGUGUAUUCAAUUCAGGGUCUAUUCCAUUUGAUUCUACUCAAUUCAAGAAAAAAUACUAUUUAUGGUGUGCGUGUGUGUGUGUAGGUGUGGAUGUGGGUUUGUGUGAAGCCAGCAGUUCUUAGAAAAGUGGUUAAGCGGCGUGACUUCUCUCAACCAAAGCAAUUCAUCUGGGAAAUAUUCUGUUUCUGUUUCUCUUUUUAAACUUAAACCACUAUCUAGUGAUUUCCAGGAACAAAAAGACUGGAUCAUAAUUGAAGCUCGGAAGCUCUGUUUAUGUUUUUAUUUUCUUAUACCCAACAGCUCAGAGUAAUUACCAGUGGUAGAAUUGGUUAUUACAAUGCAAUAAGCACUGUAAAAAGAUGGGGGGAAAACAUGUAUAAACAUAUAGGUUGAACCAUCUUUCUCUCUGUGUCGGUUAUAGUCUCAGUGUUCCCUCUCUCUGUGUUCUAAGUUGGCAUUCUCCGGUGCCAGUCCAGAGAUGCAUAGUUUCCCGCGGCAUGGCUCCGUGGACCAGAACGUGGUGGAGAGCCAGGCGGUGCUCCAGGACUACAACAGCUCCUCCUACACCAAGGGUCACCUCAACCCCAGCCUGCACCACCAGGCCCCAGAGGACCGCCGGGCCACCUUCACCCUCACCAACGUGGUUCCUCAGCGGGCAGCCUCAAACUCUGGCCCCUGGGCUCAGCUGGAGGCUGAGGUGAGGGCCCGGAUGGGUAACUACUGCAUUGGGCCAGCGUAUGUGGUAACAGGGGUGCUGCCAUACCUCUCUGAGCGCUGGAUGGCCAACCGGGUGGCGGUGCCAGAGUACAUGUGGUCUGCCUACUGCUGCCCCUCCUACAACUCUAGUCUCCCCACCUCACGGAGACCCUACUUCCCAUCAUAUGCCGCUGUGGGCCGCAACGACCCCCAUAGUGGAGGAGAGAUUGUACCGGUGGACCCCCAGGCGAAGGCCUCUGUUCGGGGGUACGAUGUGAGGUGGAUGCCCCUGGACACUGUGGAGACUAUUCUACAGCAGAGACUGGGUGUCCACAUCAGCCUGUUUCACAAUCAAUGUUUGUGA